AUGGCAUGUAUUAUGUGUAAAGAACCAUCCAAAUACAAAUGCCCUGGCUGCUUAUCUUUAACAUGCUCAGUGAAAUGCGUUAAAUCACACAAAACUAAAUACUCAUGCAGUGGGAUGCCUGAUAAAACAAAAUACGAAGGGAUCAAGGAUAUCAACACAAACACAAUGCACAGAGAUAUAAAUUUUCUAACUCCCUCCUCUGCGAGGGUGGUUAAUUAAUUUUAAAAAAAAUUAUAUAUAUAAAAUUAUCGUAAAUUAAAAAAAAUCCCAAUUCUCAUAAAUUGGAAGAAUCUAAUUUGUAAAAUUUAUGUUUUAAAAUGCAAUUUUUUCAAAUAUAAACAGAUUUAGUUAAAAAUUUUCAUUAUAUUCAUAUCGUUAUAUAUCAAAAUUUUUUAAUAAAAAAUUUUUUGUUCGCUCAUGGAGGAUAGGUUUUUAAGCCAAAAAUAGGGAUUUUCCAAUGCUUUUGUUAGCUUACGGAGGGAGAGAGUAAGUGAUAUUAUAAGAUCUUCUGACCAAGCUCAUAAAGUUAUCACUAAACUAUCAAGACAUGAUAAUAGGAAACGAUUUUUGUUGCUGCAAAAUGAAUGCAGGGCAAGAAACAUCCAGCUAAGAAUUCUGCCAAAAGCAAUGUCAAAGCAUAAUAGUAAUUCUACAGUGUUUAUGAAAUCGGAAAAUAUUAUUUAUUGGCGAAUUGAGUGAGUUUUCUUAUCAAAUAAUAAGGAAAUUAAAAUAGAAGUGGAUGGGAAUAAAGAUCAUGAAAAUGUUUUGGAGACCUUAGGGAAAGCUAUAGAAAUUUUUAAUACCAUGCCAGAAUUUGUGCAUGAACUAAGUAAAAGCCCAAGUAAAGAGUUUUGGGUCCUUUGGAUUGUUGGAAAAAAGAGAGUGCAAGGAAAAGGGGAAAAGGUCUUUCAGAGAAUUGAUGCACAGAAAGCAUUAAAUGAAACAUUAAAAGAAAACUCUCAAGAACAUGGACCAAUUGUAGAGUUCCCAACCUUAUACAUUACAACACCAGAUUUUUCUCAUUAUCAUUUCAUUAAGAAUUAA